CCCCUCUCUGCCUUCCAUCCAUUUUUCUCUUCCUCCUCACCUCCUCAGCGUCUCUCUUCCUCAUUGUCUCUUUAGGUUUUCCUUGCAUUUACCUUCAAAUCCAUCACCAUGUCUGACGAGCACCAGGAGACCUUCGAGUCCGCCGAUGCCGGCGCCUCGACCACCUACCCCAUGCAGUGCUCUGCUCUGCGCAAGAACGGUCACGUUGUCAUCAAGGGUCGUCCCUGCAAGAUCGUCGACAUGUCCACCUCCAAGACUGGCAAGCACGGUCACGCCAAGGUCCACCUUGUCGCCCUUGAUAUCUUCACCGGCAAGAAGUACGAGGAUCUGUCUCCCUCCACCCACAACAUGGACGUCCCCAACGUCUACCGUAAGGAAUACCAGCUCCUCGACGUCACUGACGAUGGUUUCCUGUCCCUGAUGGACGACAACGGUGCCACCAAGGACGACGUCAAGCUCCCUGAGGGUGAGGUUGGUGAGCGCAUCGAGAAGAUGUUCCGUGAGGAGGAGAAGGACUGCAACGUCACUGUCCUCACUGCCAUGGGCGAGCAGUGCUGCAUGGAUGUCAAGGAGGCUCCUGCUUCCAAGAACUAAAACACCGUGUUUAUGGACCUUUUGACUGCCCUGUCAGCUCUUCUGUAUCUCAGAAAGGCCUUGCUGUUUUCGCCCAUGUGUCAGGUCUUAUGUGAUACAUGGGCACCUUACGACAUAAUCUUCUUCAAUAUAAACUUGGGUAUGUGAGCCAGUGACGCUAGUCAUGAUCACUUGGCAGCAUCAAGCGUGCUCUGUCAGAGGAACAGUUCUUGAGUUCAGCACCUUCACGAUAGUUUUACGAAUAAAAAACCUUUUAUUGUUCUAAAAAA